AUUCAUUUCAAACAGGCCAGAUCCGGCAGCCGUAGUUUGCCCACAGCUGUUCUAGACAGAUUCUUGGCCCUUUGGAGUUUUAUACACAUAAUUGAUGAGGAAGACACAGAUAUCGAUAAGACAGAUAGAAUAUAUAAAGUUAGGCCUUUCUUGGAAAGUCUGCUCCCCAAGUUUCUCCACUUCUAUCUGCCAAAGCAACAUUUGAGCCUAGAUGAGGGGAUGAUCCCGACAAAAAACCGCUUGGCCAUCAAGCAGUAUAUCAAGGAUAGGCCCACAAAGUGGGGCAUCAAGUCUUUCCUUCUCUGUGAAGGUGAGACGCUACAUUUUGAAUGCAGAAAUCUACACUGGUGCUGCACCAAUGCCUAUAAAAGACUUGGGCGCAGUAGGAAAUACAGUCGUUCGUCUCCUGACCUCAUGUGCAAUGGAAAAUAAAUCUCAUGUGCUUGUCAUGGACCGGUUCUACAACUCUAACCCUUGCUAAAUAUGCACUGUCAGAAUUACACACAGGAAUUGUGGGAACCCUGCAGCAAAACAGGAAGCAGUUUCCUAAGUCACUGAAAAGUGUAAAAAAACUUGCUAGGGGUGACAGUUGCUAUCUAUGUCAAGAAAGUGUAACAUGUUUAGUUUGGCAGGAUAGAAAGCCCAUCACAUUUAUUUCGAACUACCACAAUCCAGCCCAAAAUGUAGUAAUAAACAGAAGAAAUAAAGAUGGCGGUGUGCAAGAAAUACAGAUGUCACAGCUGGUGAAGGACUAUAAUAAAUAUAUGGGUGGCUGUGACAAAAAUGACCAGAUGACCCGCCUUCACCGGUCUCGUCGUCAUUACCGCUGGCCCCGGCUGCUUUUCAUAAAAUUUUUUAUGUGAGCCAGUUAUAAUUCUUACACUUGUAUGCUUCAAAGCAGCAAGCUGCUUCAAAAAAAGCCAGUUUAUUUCACCAGAUAUAUUCAGAAACUGUGCCUGCCACUUAUUGGUGGAUACAGGACAACAGCCCACCGCCACCCACAAAAGGAACCCUGCCCUCAACGGAUGACCCCAGGCAAUCAUUUUGCAGAGAUUCCCCCUGGGACAUCGUGUAAUCAUAUCUGUGUUGUGUGCAUGGAAAAGCACUCCAGGUACAACAAGCAAAAUCCUGGAGUGUCUUACAAAGACAAUCCAUGCAAGAAGGUGAAGAGCAACAUCUGGUGCUCACUUUGCAAGAAGUACCUCUGUGUGAACCAAGGCUCAUCCUGCUGGGUGGAUUGGCACACAAAGGUGGAAUAUUGGCGCUAGAUGAAAGUGACCCUGCGAUGAAGCAGUUUCUGCUGUACUUGGAUGAGUCAAAUGCCCUAGGGAAGAAGUUCAUCAUUCAAGACAUUGAUGACACGCAUGUCUUCGUAAUAGCAGAGUUGGUUAAUGUCCUCCAGGAGCGAGUAGGUGAAUUAAUGGACCAAAAUGCUUUUUCUCUUACCCAGAAGUGAAAAUACUAGAUAUUAAAAGUAACAUGCAAGAGACUCAUCACUUAGUAUCUUCUGUGGCAGGCUAGACUUAGAGACUUGCUAAGAAGCAUGCUGCGAGAAAGACUCGGGCAUCAUUUGUUCAGAAAAAAGCCCCUGAGCGGAUACUCUGGUUCUGUUUUGUGUGUGUCUGUGGUUUUCUUUUUUUUACUACAUGUACCCUAGAAUUAAAAAAACAAAACACAAAACUUAA